AUGAGUUCUUUCGAUUCUGAAGACGGCCUCCCCGAACUUCCUGCGGCGGCAGCCAAGAGCCCGCCGUCCGAGGCCAUCGGCGCCGUCAGGAUAGAGACUCAGACCGUCCAGGCCGAGCUCGAGCCGGUGGCGCCGCAAAAUCUUGACCAGGCGCCCGCUGGCGAUGGCCUCGAUGUCGUCGAGCCACCUGUCCUGACGGCCUCCGUAGAGCCGGAUCCACGGCGGGAAUUCGACCUGGCACUCGACGUGCUCGAACGCCUGCGCACCCGCUUGCGCGCCCAGGUCCUGGGCCGCGACGAGGUCAUCGACUUGGUGUUGGUCGCCUUGCUGAGCGAUGGCCAUGUGUUGCUCGAGGACUACCCGGGCUCGGGCAAGACCACCCUGGCAAAGGCGCUCGGCCUGUCGAUUGUCGAUCCGCACGGGGCUAGCGAAGAAGAGGAGGAAGCCUCCAUCGCCAGCUUCCGGCGCAUUCAGUUCACCCCUGACCUAUUGCCGUCCGACGUCACUGGCGUGUCGGUGUUCGACGCCGCCAGUCAGACCUUCGAGUUUCGCCGUGGGCCGAUCUUCGCUCACGUGGUGUUGGCCGAUGAGAUCAACCGCACCUCGCCCAAGGUGCAGUCGGCAAUGCUCGAAGCCAUGGCCGAGAAGCAAGUCACGGUCGACAACGUCACCCACGUGCUCGACGAUUUGUUCUUCGUCAUCGCCACCCAAAACCCGCUCGACUUGGCCGGCACCUACCCGCUGCCAGCGCCGCAGCUCGAUCGGUUUUUGUUCAAGAUUCGUAUGGAUCACAUCGACCGGGAGCCCGAGAUCGAAGUCCUGCGCACCUACCGCCAGCGACGCGAACUCGACCGUGCCGACCUGCCCAAGGUCAGUCGCCGCGAGGUGCUGGCGGCGCGGCGGGCGAUCGAAGAAGGAGUGGCUCUGGACGACGCGGUCAAAGAAUGCCUGGUCGACAUCUCGCGCAACAUCCGCGCUGACGAACGGGUGUUGUUGGGCAACUCGACCCGUAGCCUGGUCUUGCUAUUGCCGGCUUUGCAGGCGCGAGCGGCUCUGUCCGGCCGCGAUUGGGUUGGCAGCGACGACAUCCAAGCACUGGCGCCGCGGGUCUUCGGCCAUCGGCUGGACCUGGCACCCGGGGUCACUGAGCUCGACGAGGUGCUCGCCGAGGCGAUGGCAGAGCCGCUCGAGGGGCUCGCCCGCGGAACCUUGCGGCGGCGUUGA